UAUUUUCAUUUAGUCGCAUUUCUUACGUCGUGUGGAUAACGUCGUUUCGCUCCGCGCGAUCCAAACAAAAUUGUGUGUGACCUCAACUUGUGUAGUUCUGUGUAAAUCGAAGUGCGUUCAAUAUGGGGUGUGGAACGAGUUUUGUGAAAUAUGUGCUGUUUUUCUUCAACCUGGUUGUUGCGAUCUUCGGCAUAGCCAUAAUCGGUAUCGGAGUAGCAGUACUCCUCAACUGGGCCCCCAUCAAGGAUGAGCUGCAGGGCCACCUCACCGUCGCACCCUGGGUGUUCAUCAUCAUUGGAGCUAUCAUGUUCGUGAUUGCCUUCUUUGGAUGCUGCGGAGCGAUUCGCGAGAGCCACUGCAUGGUUGUUACGUACGCAAUCUUCCUGCUAGUCGUGAUCAUAAUGCAAGUGGUGCUCGGAGUCCUCAUGUUCACGUUUGCACAGACUCUCAAGGAGGGCCUGGUCAAGUCAGUGAACACCGUGUUCGACAAGCGAGCCACCGACCCGGCAUCCAACGCCGUUUUUGACAACAUUCAGACUCAGUUGGAAUGCUGCGGCAAGUACAGCGCAGCUGACUACGGCCUGGUCCUCCCGAACUCCUGCUGCUCCCGUCUCAGCGCUAUCGGCAAGGCUCUCCGUGAUACCUGUACUAUCGCAGACGCUAAUACUACGGGCUGCGGGCCCAAGGUCGCGGAUUUGUAUGAGAAGUGGAACAAGACGAUCGCUGGAAUUGCUAUAGGGGUGGCUUGUAUUGAGGUGGUCGGAGCACUAUUCGCGCUGUGCCUCGCGAACUCCAUCCGCAACAUGGACAGAAGGUCUUUAGGCUACUAAUAUUUAGUACAUUAGAACUGGUACGCGUAAAAGGUGGCUCCAAUAAUCGACGUUAUAUUUCAAGCGAUAUACCAUACUUUAUGUACAAUUUUUAUAAGAUCAUACGAAACCAAACCCCACCUUUGUUAAUUCUGUUACCAUUAAAUUCUACGCUUGCAACAUUUGUUACAAGGCGACAGAGUUUUUUUGUAAUCAAACACACGUUCGAAUAUUAACAUUAAAAUAAUUUGUAUCUUUUUAAUGUAAGUAUUAUUUCUCAGUAAAUUCUCGAAAUAUUUUAUCUAAGUAUAUUCUUCUGGCAUUUGCGCGUUUGUAAAAAGCUAAUGCAUCUAUGAUAUUUUCUCAAAAAAUUUAUGAAAAAUAAAAAAUGUUAUAAAUUUAUAACCCAGAAAAACAAAAUAUAUAUAUUUUUAUAUUUCAAGUAAAAUAUAUUUGUUUUCUAUUAUAUUAGUAGCACGUAAGCUAUUAAUUUAAUUUUUUGAAUCUAUUAAGUUGACUUGCGCUAAGUGCGUUAUAUUUGUCUUUAGUUACGUAAGUAUUGUUAAGUUAGAUAAGCUGUUUUUAAUAUUACGACAUUGAAAUUAUAUUGAACAUUUUCUUAAAAAUUGUAACUGUCUAUACGUCCAUUUUACAAGUUAUAGAGUUUAAAUAUUUGUAUGCAUUUCUACAAGGUUAGUUAGUUUCACAGAUUGUAAAUAGUAACUGAUACAUCAGGAGCAAAUGAAUAUCUAUUGUAUUUUGAAUCUCUUGUGCAUUUCCGAAGAUACUGCUUUUGUGGAUUUAUAUUAUAUUAUUAAUUAAAAUUAAUAAAUUUUUAAAGACAA